AUGCACGAAAGGAAAACCGGGACUGGUUGCGAAGCCUCCUUCACUGUGGGCUGUCGUAAUGGUUUUUUAUAUGUUUCGAAAUUUCACAUGGUACACAAUCACGCAACUGUAAAAAGAACACUCGAUAGGUCAAUGCCUGAACCAUAUAUCGUCAUAACUGAUUAUUCAUCGCAAUUUCUGCAAAUCUUCCCAUCUUUGGUGUUUUCUUCACUCAGUGAACUUGAAGAUAAAAUGGAGGAAUUUCAGAUUAAAACUGGAUGCAUGUACGCCAAACGACAUACAUGUCCAUGGCCCAAGGAUGACCUAGAACAUCAGGACGUGGUCUACAAGAAAUUUGCCUACGAAUGCCUUCACUAUGGCUAUUGCAAGGACCGGGACGUUGCUAAAUCCGACCGAAGAUCGUCCAAAACUGGUUGCAAGUCAGUCUUGUUUGUUACUUGCCGUAACAAUCAACUGCACAUUUCCCGUUUUGACAUGCGCCACAACCAUCCCGUUUCUGGCUGUUGCGGCUAUGUCUAUCGCCGGAAUCGCCGUCUUAGCCCACGGCAGCUAUCCAUAAUUAAGGAGUUGCUAAGGGAACAUCAGCAUGAAUUCGCUCUAAAGGAAUAUAUCCAAAGUGCAUUUCAUGUUUAUCUAACAGCGGCAGAUGUUCGAAAAUUGAAACAAAAGCUACAGCCCAAAAGAAGUGCUCGACGCCUCCUUGGUUUGACGCUAAAGUCCUUGGGUAGUGAGGGCUAUGCAGAAAUCCUGACUGAUGAGGAUGGUGUAGACCGUGUGAUAUCCUUUACUUCUCCAUUUCUAGUGAAAAACUUCCACUUUUAUCCCGAGGUGGUCCAGAUACGUGAACUCACGGAGGCUGCCUUUUCGGUCUACCAUUUCUCCAUCAUAGACCGUCAACUUGUUAGCAGGACUGUGAUGUUCUCAUUUGUGCUGGAUCAGGGUAUUUGUGGCACCUUUGCCUCCGUGUUGCAGUCCUUUAAGCACUUAAUGCAGUCGAGGGUGGAGGAAACCGAAACCAUUUUCGUGGACAUUAAUUCUGUUGAGUUGCACGAAAUCCGUCAGGAACUACCUCAAGCGCGAAUCCUCUUUUUUCAAGACAGCGUCCUUCGCGACGUAAGGGAGCAUCUCAAGGACGUUACAGUUUUGCACUGUGAUAAGAAAGACCUCUUUCAGCACUUCUUUAAUGCGGUGAAGACCCCAGAUAGUGAGGCUUACCUAGCAUCCCUUCAAGAGAUCGCUAAUGAUUCGCCAGCGUUUUGGAACCUCAUUAAUGAAAUUUGGAUGCCAUGCGCCGAGCAAUGGGCUGGACAUCUUCGUCUCACUCAGUUAACCUUCGGCAUUGAAAAUCGGAACUCGGCUAGUUUGGAGCACUUUGAAUCGGUCCUCAAAAUACACGGCAGCCUCGAUUCCUGUGCGAAGAGGUUACUUGAGCUUGCGGUUCCAAACAAACAGUCCUAUGAGUUUAUUUGCAAGCACGAUUUUCCUGGUCAACCAGAUGACGUUCAAGCCCUCCUCCGCCUUCUCUCUGAGCCAGUGGCAAAAGUAGUUCUUGCUCACAUCGAGACUAUGCAAACGUGCUCAGAAGUGCUCCUUGAUCUGUCGACGCGAAAAUGCUGUUGUUCCUUCAGUCUUCAAUGGCGCUUGCCUUGCGUACACCUCAUGAAAACUGCGAGAUCGGCCUAUAUUCCUUUGCCAAGUUUGCUGAAGGGCUCUCGAUGGUUGGAGCAUUGGCCGCUAGAGUAUUCCCAGGUGAGCAGCGCUGUCGAAACAGUGGUAGAAGGGGAUGUCGAACUGGAUCUCUUAUCCCCCACCGCAAAGUUGCUGAAAAUUGAUAUGCAAUUGCAGAACAUUCAGGAAAUGGUGGUGUCGGCAGACUCGGCCAAAUUUAAGCGAAGACAGCAAGAGUUGAAGGAGCUGGAGAGUCGAUGGUUGCGGGAGGACGUUGCCCUACCCGGCACCAGUGCUGACGGACCAUCCGAACAAGGUAACAAGCAGUUGGAGGAAUAUUAUUACGGGAAUACGAGGGACGAGGUGAGGUUGCAUUGUCCUCCGAUCAUGAAGUGCGUUUUUUCUUCAGAUCUCGAGAUGCCUCGUCACCUGGAUCAAGUUCGCUCACCACUGCCACCUGUAGAGAGUAUGCAGAAGCGAUCAAGAGGCAAGUAA